GAUGAAUUAUCCAAAAGAGUUGAAGGAGCCUAAAGUGUUAAGAAUAUUUUUUUCAUCUCCAUUCAAUGGUAUGGAGAUAGAGAGAGAAGAAUUAACGAAAAGAUAUUGGCCAAGAAUACAAUCUCUUUGCAAUGUACAUGGACUACAGUUUCGUGCUGUUGAUAUGAGGUGGGGAAUCACUUCGCAAAGUUCGGAUGCUGCUAGAGUCAUUCAGAUUUGCCUUGCAGAAGCUGCAAGAUCUGAUAUAUUUGUUGGAUUUUAUGGGCAAAGAUACGGAUGGCAUGGCGAAAAUGAUAAAACUCUUCAAAAGAAUUUUGAUAAUGCAUUACCAAGCUUUCCGUGGAUUGAUAAAUAUAGAGAUAGGAGUGUUACUGAAUUAGAAUUUUUAGCAGGACAUUUGAACAAUCCCGGAAAAAUUCCAGCAUGUUUAUGCUUUCGAGAUAAGAAAUUUGACGACAAGAAAGUAGAAGAAGCAGAAAGAGUAGACAAAAAAGCUGCCAACAAAUGGAAAAUUGAGAGUGAAGUUGCCGAAUUAAGAAUGAAUGAUUUGAAAAGAAGAGUAAAGGAAACUGAAGACGCAGCCUUAGGAGUUGAUAUCUGCUAUAAAACUCCUGAAGAGGGAGCAAAGUUCAUGUUCGAUUGCAUCUGGAAACAUUUAAAUGAUUAUUUAUUAAUUCAUUUAAGAUCGACUGGUGAACAAUCAAGACUAUUAAAACAAUUGACUCUGCAUAGUCAAUUUACUGAAAGCCGAUCAUCCAACUCAAAACCUAUAUGUAUAGUUGGAGAAUCUGGAAUUGGAAAGUCAGCCCUACUAUCAAACUGGAAAGUAUCGUAUUCUCAGAAGAACAACGACGAAGUACUAUUCCUGUAUCAUUUCGGUUGUGCUAAAGGAUCAACAUCAAUCGGGAGCUUUUUAGCAACUGCUUCAGCAUAUCUAAAUGAUAUUCUUAUCGAAAGAAAACAAACUAAAGAUUUCUUUGAAAUAUCCGACAAGAAAGAAUUAGUUCGAAGUUUUCAAAAGAUUUUGAAUGAUUUUAAUGAAGAGUUUAAAAGAAAGCCGAUAAUAAUAAUAGAUGGAUUAGAUAAAUUAGAGAUUGAUAAAAGUACAGCUCCAUUUUUCUGGUUUCAAACAAAUAUCUUACCUUUGGGACAUUUUAUAUUAUCAACGAAUAUUAAUGAUUCAACACACUUAAAAGUGAUAGAUGAGAGAGGAUACGAUAAAUAUGAAGUAUCCGUUCUCUCUAAGGAGAGAAAACAAGCUUUUUGCACGAAAACGUUGAAAGGAUAUUCAAAAGAAUUUUCAGAAAGUCAAUUAAACAGUGUAGUUGAAGUUAAACAAACUGAAAAUCCAUUAUAUCUAAAGGUAUUUGUGGAGGAAAUUUGCUCUUUCGGAUACUUUAGAUUACUUGAUGAGAAAAUUAGUGAUCUCUUAAGUGCGUCUACCAGUACUGAUCUGUUUGAAAAAGUAUUGAUUAGACUUGAAGCUGAUUACAAUGAUGAAAAUAAUCCCACGUUUAUUCAAGACGCUUUGUGCAGUCUUUUACUAACAGAAUACGGAUUAUCAGAGAAGGAUAUUUUAGAUUAUUUAAACGUUGACCAACACGUAUGGGUUCCAUUUUUUUUCUCCAUAGAGAAGUUUCUAAUAAUACGAAACGGAAUGUUACAAAUUUCUAUCAAUGAAUUUGGAUUAGCGAUUAAAGCAAAAUACUGUCCAACUGAUGAACUAUUGCAACGUUCAACUCAAAAAUUGGCAGUUUUCUUAUAUUCUCAAUUUGAGAAAAAGAAAAAGACGGGAGAAAAUAUGGAAUCAGUAUUGAUGGACGAGUUACCUCUUCUUCUCAUGAAAUUAAAUGAUAAAGAGAAACUAUUGGAGUUUGUCACAACAGAAAAUGUUAUUAACUAUUACAAAAACAAAGUUAACGCAAUUCUGGAAUUCUUUUCGAAAUUUACAUCGGACGAAUUGUAUAAAGCAUUUUCAAAAUUCAUUAAUAACACUGUUUGUUAUAACUAUAUUGAAAAUGAAAGAAACUUUUCAGAGGAUGAUUUUGUAGCAAAGAUUGUUUACGAAUGUAAACAUUAUGAACUGUAUGAAAUUAUUACCAAGAAAGUGAUGACACUGAUUCCUGUUUCUAAGCAUUCUGAAGACAAAAAAAAAGAAUUGAAUUUAUCAAUGAAAUACGAUUUAGGGUGUAUCUAUUGUGAUUGUUUUGAAAUUGAUAAAUCAAUUGCAAUUCAUAAAGAGCUUUUGGAAUAUUAUGAAAGUAUUAAUAAUCUUCGCUUACUUCAACAAAUAUAUCAUGCUCUUGGAACAGCAUACAUUAAUAGUGAAGUUUAUGAUGAGGCCGAAAAGUGUUUUGAUAAAUGCCUCGAAAUACUUGAUAGUGGAGAAUUAAAUGUAGUAGAUAAUACAAGAGGACUAGUUUACAGUAAUUUAGGUCUAAUUUAUCAAAAAACUAAUAGACUAGAAAAGGCCUACGAAAUGACAUCUCAAUCAAUUAAAAUUGAAGAAGAAUAUUACUUUGGUGAUUUGCCUUUAAGUAUUUCCCAUCGUAUUCAUAAUUUAGCAAUAAUUGAAAGGAAAAGGAAUAAUUUGGAUGAAGCUGAUAAACUCUAUCUUAAAUCUUUUGAAAUUAUUAAAAAUACUGUUGGUGAAAAUUCAAUAGAUGCUGCAAUGAUCUAUCAGAAUCGUGCAGUUGUUGAAGGAGCGAGAGAAAAUCCCGAUCUUGAUAAAUGCCAUGAAUUGACCUUGAAGAAUUUGGAAAUCAUGGAAAAAGCUAUUGGAGAUAAUGUGAAAGAUAUGAGGUUAACUUUUGCCUUAGAAAAUAUGGCCCUAAAUUUAUUUAACAGAAAGAAUUUUGAUGAAAUGGAAACUUAUUUGUGGAGAGCAGUUGAGAGACGAGAAAUAAAUCAAGACUUUAGAUCGGCACUUAGCUUUUAUGAUCCUCUCAUAAUAAAAUAUGUAAAUGAAGAUAAAGAAUAUACAAAAGCUCGAAGACUCAUUCUAAAUCUAUUUCACGCUAAGCAGCAAUUGUUUUAUUUUCUUGUAUUAUACUUAUGUGAUAAAGAAAUUGGCGAUAAUCCUGAAAGACCUUACGAAAUGACUUUAGAAUAUGCUUCUGAAAAAUAUCCAACUGAUAUGCAAACAUACUUUUUUAGAUUAAAAAACGUUCUUAUACCCGAGAAAGCAAUAGAUAAAAUAAUUGAUGCAGCAAAUAGAUUUUAUGUUACAGCACACGAAAGCAAAGAUGAGGAAGCUAUAGGGAAUUGUCCUUCAGUAUUGGAAGUAAGUAUUAAACUCUUGAGAGAUAAGGAACUACCUGAAGUAGCCGAAAAAAUGGCUAUUGAAGCCUUAAAACAUGAACCAGAAAAUAAGGAAAUUCUAAAUGAAUACGCAAUUACACUGGAAAGCUUAAAGAAAAAACCGGAUGUAUUAGAAGUUUAUGAAAAGUUGUUUAAAAUGCAUCCUGAAACUAUAGAAUUUGCCAUAAAUUGUUGUAAAUAUUGCUGCGAACUAGGAAAAAUUGAAAAUGCAGAGAAAUAUUUAGCAGAUUUCGUAAAAUUAUCGGAAACUAAUACAACUCAUUCAAAUUUGAUUCCAAUAUUUGAAAAUGCAAUUAAAGAGAUGAAAAAGAAGAGAGAAGAGUAUGAAAUGUCUGUGAAAAAUUCAGAACAACAUUGA